UUUUAUUUGUUUUGAAAUUGGAGUUGUUUCUCAUUUUUAUCCUGAGCUGAGGUGGGCAAUCCUUUUGGUCAUUUUUUUUUUUUUGGCUGAGUGGACUCAAGCUCUGGUCUAGAUCUUGUGCCUUAAUUCUUAAAUGGAAAAGAACCCUUACAAAAUUUAAACUCACUUUUCAUAUUGUAUUCGACAUAACAAAAUAACACCAUAUUUGUCUCCUUUUUGUACUGCAUCAUUCUUAUGAACAUAUUGUUACAUCAUGCCCUUGUUGCCUGACCUCUUUGAGGAGUUAAAGGUCAACUCCUCUGUCUAUGUUAAUGAUACUGCCAUGUAGCAUGAUCAACUUUUUUGCAUUAACAGUCACACUCCUAGGUAGCUAGUGAUGGAAUUAUCUUGCUUAAAGCCUAGGAAGCACAAUCUCUCUGGAUUAAAGUGUCUGAGCUGGAUGCAUAGCAAACAUGGAAAUGCCUAAACGCCUGGCAUCAGACUCAGUGUUGGACAAGGGGACACAUUAUAAGCUGGGACAUGUUUGGGGCACUCAAGGAUGUGCUAGCUAAAUAAAAAUUUUGGGAAUCUAAACAUAAUUUGGAUUCUAAAUAAUGUGUUAAAAACUUAAAAUCACAAUAUCACAAAGUUAAGGUUUGAAUGACAACAAAACCAAGGAAAAACAUUGAAUUAGACCACUUGAGAAGAAAGGAGAUCAUUCAAUUGUUAUGCAGCCCUAUAUUGUACGACAUAUAAUGUUCUUGUUGAAUUGAAAUCUAUCAAAUAUUCAUAUUUAUCUUAUCCUAUAAACAAAAUCCAAUUCAAAAGCUGUUAACAUUGUAUUUCAAAGCAUCUCUACCAUAUCAUGUCCUUUUUAAACAAAGUGAUGUGUAUGUGCAUUUUAGACUAAGCUAUUGCCUCAUAUUGAUGAAAGCUAAUAAUGAUAUUUAUAGCGAUGGAUUGUUAAAAAAUUUAAUAUUUUCACCAUGAUGUUCUGAUGGUUUGUACAAGAUGCAAAUUGUUGAGGAAUUGUGGCGUAUUGAUUUUCUUUAAUAUUUUCAAUCCAAAAUUUAUCAAGGGCUUUUCUUUGUAAUUAUGGUGUUGAUACUUCCAUUAUCCAUACUUUGGAUAAGUGGAUCUUAUACCCCCACAUUAAAAAAAUACUUAACCAGCCACAUCUACUCAUGCACGUAUGCUUUUGCACAUUGUUGGAGAUGGCCCUAGGUUUAUAUGUUACUUUGACUUCUAUAGUUUCAAAUUCAUUGAAGUUCUACUGUUGGGCAUGCAACAAUUGAUGAGGAUAUGAUACAUGUCUCCAAUAUUUUGCAUUGGCCAUGAACUUGACUGAUUGGGAUGGUGGAUACUAUCCACUGACAAUGCACUUUAGUGAUGACUAUCCAAGCAAGCCACCGAAGUGCAAAUUUCCUCAAGGCUUCUUCCAUCCAAAUGUGUAUCCAUCUGGAACAGUUUGUCUCUCAAUCCUCAAUGAGGAUAGUGGCUGGCGUCCGGCCAUUACAGUGAAGCAGAUUCUUAUCGGUAUUCAAGAUCUGCUUGAUCAGCCAAACCCUUCUGAUCCAGCACAAACUGAAGGGUAUCAUAUGUUCAUCCAGGACCCUGCAGAAUACAAGAAGAGGGUGAGGCAGCAGGCCAAGCAGUAUCCUCCUCUUGUCUGAGUACAAACUUCAAUUUUUAGUGUGUGAUUGUUGUCUAGUAUUUAUUCAAACUUAUUUCAUUGGAAGUGUUCUAUUUAAACACAAGUUGUGUAUAUGAAUGAAUUAGGUUUGUCAAUGUUUGUCAUUUGGUGCUUGUUUUAAUUAUUACUGAACCUUCAUUAUGCAUGAGGAUGUAUAAUCUGGUGGAAGUGGCUGAAUGGCUUCCCAAAAUUAUGUAUAAACUAAACUAUUCACUUUGUUAUUGCAAAUUAGGAAUUACCGUGUGCA